AUGAUCAAUCAUACUGACCGCCAUUUGGCUUAUAAAGUCAAAUCCUCAAACAACUCCAACUACAGCGUAAACUUGAUCUACGGGAUUCUUAAAGUUUGUGAUGUGAAAGAGCUGAUCAUCACCAGAAAGUCGUACUUGUAA